AGAAACCUACUUGUAGUUCACGCGAAAAUGUGGCGCCCCUAAAUUUGAUUUCCGUGGAGUUUAACUCGCCGCCAUGCCGUGGUGCCAAAUACCUAGACAUGCACUCUCGUGAAGAAUUUUGAAGCUUGCAGUAGAGAAACUUCGCUGGAGCAGGAAUUACUCUGGAGUUCGCAUCGCAGCUGGAUUUUAUGACCUGAUUGCUUCCAAUUACCAUAAAUUGAUGGGUGCUACAGCAGGAAGCAUGGAUCCGGAUGCUGGUUCCUCCGAAAAUGCUCAACGUUGGGCGAGGUUUAUAGCCACAUGCUUGAUUGGAGGGACAGUGAUCGGGGUGUCGUUACUCGGCUUACAUUUGGGGAUUCCUCAUCAGCCGUCGCUGAAGAUAUGGCGGAGGAAGAAGAAGCCCGUUCGUGUAUACAUGGAUGGAUGCUUCGACAUGAUGCACUACGGCCAUUGCAACGCCCUCCGUCAGGCUAGAGCCCUCGGCGAUCAAUUGGUCGUAGGUGUCGUUAGCGAUGCUGAAAUAAUUGCCAACAAAGGUCCUCCUGUUACUCCUCUUAACGAAAGGAUGAUUAUGGUCAAUGCCGUUAAAUGGGUUGAUGAAGUUAUUCCGGACGCGCCAUACGCCAUAACUGAAGAUUUCAUGAGAAAGCUAUUUGACGAGUACAAGAUAGAUUAUAUCAUUCAUGGCGAUGACCCUUGUGUUCUCCCUGAUGGAACUGAUGCUUAUGCUCUAGCUAAGAAGGCAGGUCGCUACAAGCAGAUCAAGCGCACAGAAGGAGUUUCAAGCACGGAUAUUGUAGGUCGCAUGCUUCUUUGUGUAAGAGAGAGGUCUAUUAGUGACACUCAAAAUCAUUCGUCAUUACAAAGACAGUUCAGUCAUGGUCAUAGCCAGAAACUUGAUGAUAGUGGAUCUAGAAGUGGAACUCGCGUCUCUCAUUUUUUACCAACUUCUCGUAGAAUUGUUCAAUUUUCCAAUGGGAAGGGGCCAGGACCAGAUGCUCGCAUUGUUUAUAUAGAUGGUGCAUUUGAUCUUUUUCAUGCUGGACAUGUGGAGAUUUUGAAGCAUGCCCGAGCUAUGGGAGAUUUUCUUCUGGUUGGAAUACAUACUGAUCUGAAUGUCAGUGCUAACAGAGGAGCUCAUCGCCCAAUAAUGAAUCUGCAUGAGAGAAGCUUGAGUGUUUUGGCAUGUCGAUAUGUGGAUGAGGUGAUAAUAGGUGCACCUUGGGAAGUUUCUAAAGACAUGAUUACAACUUUUAACAUUUCAUUGGUAGUACAUGGAACUGUAGCCGAAAUUAAUGAUUUUCAGAAGAAGGAAGGUAAUCCAUAUGCUGUCCCUAUUAGUAUGGGCAUCUUCAAAAUUUUAGACAGCCCGCUAGAUAUCACAACAACCACUAUUAUUAGGAGGAUUGUAUCCAAUCACGAGGCAUACCAGAAACGUAAUGAAAAGAAGGCCAAUAGCGAAAGAAGAUACUAUGACGAUAAGGCUUAUGUUUCGGGUGAUUGACUUUGUCAAAUCCUCACCAUUAGUGAAGUUUUGCACGGUAAAGAUGAGUAUCUUGGGCAUUUUGCAUGCAUGCGUACUGUUUUUUAUGACUAUUCCACAUCUUUGCAAGGAUGUAUAAAAGAGACAUCAAAUGUUUGACGAUUUUUUUAAGGAUGUAGCUAUAUUUCACGACUUGGAUCUAAUGACUAUUCUUUCCAUUCCUCUAGA